UAGGAGAUCAUUUUUGGGUUCCCAUGGUCAGAGCAGCUUCUGGCAUACACGCGCGGGAGGCCGGACAGCUGCUAAGCCAUGGCCAGGCAGUGGCAGCAGUGGCAACAGUGGCAAUGGUGGGGUGGAGAUACUUGGUCAUGGACAACCAGCCGGUCCUGGCAGGACUCAGCGAGUAGGAGGCAUGCGGUGGGUGUCUACUUCGGAACCUUCGACCCCAUCCACGAGAAUCACAUUGGCCUUUGCAAGUACGCGCUGACUCAGGGCGUUGUGCAGAUGGUGUACCUUGUGGUGAACGGCGACAACCCCAUGAAGCCGCUGGCUGUCUCAUACGAGGAGCGCCUGCGACUUGUGCGACGUCGAGUGGAAUUAGAAGUGGAUGAUCGCAUCAGGCUGAUGGAGCUUUCGGGGGAAGAGGCCGGGCGCAUGAGGUGGCUGGACCGCCAGGAUAUCUGUGAGCGAGCAAGGUACUUGGUUGAGGCUGGAGGCAAUGCCGAGGUGUAUCAGCUCCUUGGCCAAGACUCGUUUGAGCAGGCCGUCGGACGCAGCAGGCCCAAGGGCAAGGGCAAAGGCAAAGGCAUUUUCUCCACCAGUACGCGCUUCUUGGUGUUCCCCCGCGCUGGCAGUGACGAAUCUGUACAUAUACCACCCGACAUGCGACGGCGAGUUGCAGUGGUCAAGGACUAUGUUGACCCCGUGACUCUGUCGUCCACGCAGAUCCGUGCGGCUGCUGCAGAGGGCCAUGACCUGCAGGGCUCCGUGCACCCGGGGAUCCUCGAGGAUGUGAUUGCCACGUACACGCGCACGCGCCGCUUCCUUGUGCUCCUCUUCGGCCCUCCGGGGUCUGGAAAGACGGCUUUGGGUCGCGAGCUGGAGAGAGCUUUCGGCUUCUACCACAUCUCCGGAGGGGACGCCUACCGCGCCGCCAAGUCUCGCGGUCUCUUUGGAGCGUACCGAGAGGAUGACCGCAAGCAGACGGUCGCCAAAGUGUUUGCCGCGGUGGCUCGUGCGGCUGCGGUGCUCGCGCCGGCACCGGUCUCCUUUGAUGGCUUCCUCCCGAAGGAGCUUCCAGACUUCGAGGCCAAGGUAGGCACCCCUGGCCUCAUCAUCAAGCUGGAUUGCCCGGCGGAGGUGCUGCAGCAACGACUUCAAGAGCGAGGGCAGCGCGAGCAUGAUGUUGACCUCAGCGUCAGCCAGCGAAUGAGGAGCCACUAUUCUCAGGACAAGGCGCUUCCAGAGUUUCACCAAUGCCUGCGUGUGCUUCGCUCAGACAGACCUUUACAGGACGUGGCCGGAGACUUGGCAGGACUGGUGCGUGAGGCAGCAGCACGUCAUCGCCUGAGCUUGGAGGGGGUGUCGUUGGAGGACACGGGUCGACAGAUCAUUGAUGAGGACUUCUGGCACCGGAUCUUUCAGGAGAUUGAGUCCAGCCCGGCAGAGAGCUACAACCUCAGGCCCAAUGCCAGUACCAUGAAGGAGCGGCAAGGCUCACGGGGCCUCAAGAACUUCAACAACUUGGUCAAAGAUGUUCUCAUCUGCUGGGCUGUGCAGCAGGUUGCCGCUCCUGCUUCGGCGGUACAUGUGCUGGAUGUUGCCAGCGGCCGCGGUGGCGACCAAAUGAAGUUUGGGAAGGCGGCAGCGGCUGCGAACCGCAGGCUAUGCUACACUGCCAUUGAUGUGGCCGAGGCUCAGAUUCUCGAAGCACAGCGACGGAUGAUCGCGUCACGCCAGAAGGAUGAUGCGCCAAGCCUUGAAAGUGCCCGGUUCCUCAUAGGCGAUGUGGCGAAGAUUGCCCCCAGCACGUUUGCUCAGCAGCUUGCCCUGCAGCACAUUAGCUCCGUGCAAUUUGCAGUGCACUAUGCAUUCAGUUCCUGCGAGUCUGCACGUACCUUCCUUCGGAACGCCACAGGCCGCCUGCGGCAGGGAGGGCUCUUACUCAUCACCACAGUUGACUCCUGUGCCAUGGGCCGGCUGGCACGUGACGCAAAGGACCUCGUUUGGCAGAAUGGCCUGCUGCGGGUCACCUUCAGCGAUUUGCAGACGUUGGAGAGGAUUGCCGAUGAGAAGGAAGAGUAUGGCCUGCGGUACCGCUUUGACCUCACAGGUGAAGGCAUCGACUGUGAGGAGUUUGUGGUGCCGGAGGCGCUGAUGAGAGGUCUGCUCCAGGAGCUGCAAGUGGAGGUGUUGGCCGCCAUGCCCUUCUCAGACAUCGCCCUGGAGGACAAUCUGACGGCUGAGCAGAUCGCUACCUCGAUUCUAUCGAGGCUCCCUGCUGGACAGGCAUCCGACGUCAGCGUCUACGACCGGCUCGGGCUGCUCUUGAGCAGGGAGGAGGCAGCCAUCGCAGCAUUGUACAAGCUUUUCGUGUGCCGAAAGCGCCAGGAACCUGCCCUGACACCGGAAGAUGCGGAGGAGCCUUCAUCCCACCAGGCCGGCGACUUGCUGAAGGGGGAACCGCCCGUCCAUGUACAGUAGGGCGCGUAAAUCUGAUUACACAUGCCGGAGGGCCCUCCAUGUAACGUACAGUGGGGCCCUCCAUGUACAGCAGGUGCUUGUCGGCUUUCAUUACGCGGCCGUCCACCUCCCGGGAAAGGAACGCCUUGG